AUGGACCCCAAGGACCGCAAGAAGAUCCAGUUCUCGGUGCCGGCGCCCCCCAGCCAGCUGGACCCCCGCGCCGUGGAGAUGAUCCGCCGGCGCAGGCCCACGCCUGCCAUGCUCUUCCAGCUCUCCGAGCACUCGUCCCCAGAGGACGAGUCCCUGCCCUACCAGCGAGCCUCCGGCGAGGGCUGCCUGCUGAAACCAAAGAGGAACAACCCGUGUGCCUACACGCCGCCCUCGCUCAAAGCGAUGCAGCGCAUCGUGCAGUCCCACCUGGAGAGCGGCCUGGCCGGGGGGGACAGCUCGGACGGAGAGGCCGACGACGGGGACCACGAGCUGGCCCGCGCCUGCGACCCCGACAGCGCCCUCGAGCCUGCCCUGGGGAGCCAGGUCCGAGCCGAGCGCAGCAUCUUCCCUGCCACCAAGGCGCACAAGAGGAAAGGGGGCCAGAAGGUGUCCUUCGCCGGCGGCAUCGACGAGCGCGGGGAGGACCUGAAGGCGCUCAGCGUCUCCGACAUCCCCGAGGACCCCGAGGGGGCCGAGGAGGGUGACGAGGAGGAGCCGGAGGACGGCAGCGACGCCAGCAAGGAGCGGCGACACGUGGGCUUCGCCGAGGCCCCCCCGCGCCCCGCCGGCACCGAGCGCCCCUCGCCCACCUUCCCGCCGGGCACCAGCUAG